AUGCAGUUUGCCAUGGCAGAUGAUGGCACCCACCAUGUCGUGGACGCGCCGUUGCCCACAGCACCGAUAACUUUAAACAGCCGGCCGGCCACCUAUCGCACCUCGUAUGGCCGUCGAGGCAGUGGUGGCGGUCGUAAUCGAGGGGGUGGAAGUGGUGGGCGCGGGCACGCACCAUCUCGGGCACCAGACACAGUCGACAUCUUUUCGCCCAUUCCCGACUGCGGACGCGUAUACACUGUGUACGACAUGCCGUCGGCAGACGGCGGGGACGUCUCCGCCACGACAAGUCCAUUUCGAGUUGUGUCGUUCAACGUGUUGGCUGACUACCUGGCGACCAGUCCCGACGGAAACCUGGGUCACAGCCAUCCGAGCCAAAAGUGGAAGUUCCAGUGGUCCUUUCGUUGCACGCGGCUGCUGCGCGAGAUGCUCGCCUGGAACGCUGCCGUGAUUUGCCUGCAAGAAGUGGAUCACUUCGACGACUUUUUCGAGCCUGAGCUUCGCAAGUACGGCUACAUUGGAAAGCACAAGAAGCGCACUGGAGCCGACACCCACGACGGAUGCAGCAUCUUCAUCAAGGAAGAUCUGUUUGAAAUCGUGGAUGAGAUCGAAGUAGACUUCCACAAGCCCGGCCAUGCCAUCCUCGACCGGCAUAACGUAGCGCUGGUCCUUGUGCUCGCGUUCAAGCCGACAAAAGACGUGGUCGUGGUGGCGACGACCCAUAUCCUCUUCAACCCUCGCCGCGGCGAUGUCAAGCUGGCCCAGCUGCAACUCCUCCUGAGCACCAUCCAAGCCCUCAACACCCCCCACGUGAUUCUGUGUGGCGACUUUAAUCUCACGCCCAAGAGCGCAUUGUACGAAUUUCUGUCGAAAGGCGCCUUGGACGGAACGACCGUCUCGUCGUGUGAUGCGUCCGGACAGUAUGCACACCGAAACUCGUACUUUCACAACGAUGUCCAUCCAGAAGAAGGCAAUGGAAUCGAGCGCCACCAAGGCGCAGGUACCGCCGCCUAUCGCUUCGGCGCCACGCCGUCGUUACAACUGCGCCGUCGUCCGUCACGUGCUCACGAGUGUUUGGGAAUUCGCGCUGUACACGAGUUGAACUUGGCAAGUGCGUAUGCCCAGCACCCCACCGACGCCACCAGUGGCGAGCCCUUUGCCACGUCGUACCACGAUCGAUUCUUGGGUACUGUCGACUACAUUUGGUAUGCCAACAUGGUAUGCGUGGGGGUCAUGGAAUUGCCGCCAGUGUCAUUUUUCCGCGGCAUUCGGGCCUUGCCAACGAGAGACCUUGGCAGCGACCACUUGUCCCUCGUCGCGGACUUUGCCUUUCGCAGCUGA